UGGAAGCAGAACCCCACGAAGAGGCAGGGCAGUUGGCCCCGAACCACAAGCAGAGAGAACAGAAGCCCAGAGAUCCCAGCAGCCAUGGCCUCAGGGACUCCUGUACGGGAAAUCCAAGAGGAAACCAAAUGUCCCAUCUGCCUGGAAUAUCUGACGGACCCAGUCACCAUACAGUGCGGGCACAACUUCUGCCGAGGCUGCAUCACUCAGUUCUGUGAGACAUGGGAAGAGCAGGACUCUGACCCCUUGUGCUGCCCCAACUGCAGAGUCCGAAUCCGGAAAGGGGCUCUCCGGAAAAACUAUCAGCUAGCAAAUAUAGUGGAAAAAAUCAAACAACUGGAUUUCAAACCAGGAAAAGAGAAUCUGUGUGAGAGACACGGCAAAGCCCUGGAUCUGUUCUGUGAAGAGGACGGGGAAGCCGUGUGUGUGGUUUGUUGGAGAUCCCCCCAGCACAGAUCUCACACGGUGCUUCUCAUGGAAGAGGCUGCCCAGAAAUACAAGGAAAGAAUCCAGGCCCAUUUGAAAACUCUGAGGGAAGAGAGAGAAAAGCUGCUGGGAUUGAAAACGACUGGAGAGAGGAAUUGCCGGGAAUAUCUGAAACAAACACAAACCGAGAGGCAGAAGAUUGUGUCUGUAUUUCAUCAACUGCGGCAGUUCCUGGAGGAACAAGAGCGACUCCUGCUGGCCCAGCUGGAGAAGCUGGACAAGGAGAUUGUGAGAAUCCAGAAUAAAAAUGUCAGUAAAGUCUCCGAGCAGAUUUCCCGUCUGAGUGAGCUGAUCAGUGAGAUGGAGGGGAAAUGUCAGAAGCCAGCAAGUGAAUUCCUACAGGAUGUCAGAACCACCUUGAGCAGGUGUGAGAAGGGGAAGUUCCAGCAGCCAGAGGAGAUUUCUCCUGAACUGGAAGAGCGAGUCAGUGGUUUCUCCCAGAAAAUGAUUGUGCUAAUGGAGAUUCUGGGGAAGUUCAAAGGUACUUAGAAGGGAUCUAGGAAUGGAAAUUGGGAUAAGCCUCUGAGAAGAGAAUGGUGCUGAUAAAUUGGUUCACACUUAGAUG